AUGUCGUCGAACCAAGUGAACCAGAACCCCACCUCGCAGACAGUUGCCCAACUGCUCCCCAAGCUCCACGAUGCCGACCCAGACUACCGGUUCAUGUCAUUGAACGAUCUCUGCCAAAUUCUUACUAUUGCGAAGCCGGAUUUCCUCCAUAAUGACUACAAUACUGCUGCUCGAGCUGUUGAUGGUAUUCUGAAGACUUUGGAUGACCAAAAUGGAGAGGUUCAGAAUUUGGCAAUCAAAUGUCUCGGUCCGCUCGUCACAAAGAUUCCUGCUAGUAUCCUGCCACCUCUAAUUGAGAAAUUAUCGCUCCUCAACACGGAGAACUCGGUCGACAAUUCCAUUCCCGCGAUGGCUCUUCGAACAGUUGUGACAACACUACCACGACCCGUGAGCGGUGUUGCGCCUACAAAGGAGGUUACUGAAUCCUAUCAGGCGCUCAGCAGAGUUCUGAUACCAAGACUCAUCGGACGUGUGGUUUUGAAACAAGCAUCAAAGAACAAUGUGAAGCUCCCCUCCGCACCAGCUGGCAUGUUGGACCUGGAAUCGAACAAAGAGAUAGAUGCAGAAGCAGUAGAUGUUCUGAUUGAAGUUGUUAGAUGUUACGGGCCUAUGUUACAACAACCCGAGGUGGAGGCUCUACAAGCUCUUCUAGUCGCUAUUCUGGAAGCUGAGAGAGCAAGCUCGGUAGUCAAAAAAAGAACUGUUGUUGCAGUGUCCAUAUUGGCAAUCUAUCUCACCGACGAUGGCUUGAGUGGCUUUAUAUCUCAGCUGAUUGAAAGUCUGCGAAAUCCACAUCUGACACUCGUUCAACGACGACUGUACAUCACAAUUCUUGGAUCUAUGGCCCGUUCUAUUUCAUCAAGAUUCGGCCCAUAUCUUAAAACUCUCGCUCCCUUUGUCUUGUCUGCUCUCAGCCAACAAGAGCUAGACGACCAAAAGGAGAACUCUGCUGAGGACGGGGAACCAGACCCGGAAACAGACGACGUCCGCGAAGCAGCACUGAUUGCGCUGGAUGGCUUCCUAUCUUCUUGCGGUGGAGAGAUGCGUACUUAUACCGAGGAAACAAUAUCCGCCCUUCUCCGUUUUCUCAAGUAUGACCCAAAUUACAAUGACGAUGACGACGAAGAAAUGGGUGGUACUCAGCCAGAUGAAGAUGAUAUGGACGAUUUCGAUGAUGACGAUGAUUUUGAAGCAGAAGCCGGAUUUGAUGACGAUGACGACGAUGCCAGCUGGAAAGUUCGACGAUGCGCCGCAAAGGCUCUCUAUACACUCAUAUCGACACGUGGAAGUGGUGAUCUGCUCGACGAUGGCACACUGUACUCACAGGUCGCGCCCAUUCUUGUGCAGAGAUUCACAGAGCGAGAAGAAAAUGUACGUCUCGAGGUCAUCUCUACACUUGCCUCACUAGUUCGCAAGACUGGAGAAGGAAUUCUGGUAUCUUUUGCUGUUGAUGAGGGUUCUGAUUAUGUCAACCACCCGCCACAAGGUCGAAAGCGUAGAAGAGAAAGCAGCACGACCAACUUCGACACCAAGGGUCUGCUUUCAAUGUCCGCUGGUCUUAUCUCGCCGACUAUCGAACCUGUUCCAGCGUCUGGACCUCGAGCUGACCUAGCUCGCUUGAGCCCCGUCCUGAUCAAGACAACGACCAAGCUACUCAAGGGAAAUUCAAUUCCAACGAAGCAAGCAUUGAUCAACCUGUUGGAUGAUGUGGUCUCUGUCCAGAACGGCGGCUUAUCCGAAUACUUCGGCCAAAUUGUGGAACCAUUGAUUGACGCAGUGAAGACCACAUCAGGUACAACAAGCUCUUCCACCAUGAUCAGCAGCGGUGGAGCUGCUUCGGCCACCGCCAAUACUUUACGAGUUGCGGCGCUCCACUUGAUUGGUGACAUUGCAUCAACACACUCUUCCAGUGUCUUGCAACCAUACCUUCCCAAGAUCAUACCCGGUGUCGUAUCAGCUGUGAAUGACAAAUACUACAAGAUUUCCAGCGAGGCUAUUGGUACUGUCGAGCAGCUUGUCAAGGCGCUUACGCCGCCCCGAUCAAGACUAGCACACCAGAAGUAUCAAUCAGAUCUCCAACAGCUUUACAAGGUCAUCGUCAGUCGCGUGUCUGCAAACGAUGCUGAUUUGGAGGUCCGUCAACGCGCGAUUCAAGCUCUCGGUAUUCUACUUGCACGCACUGCAAGCCCUGAAGGCUCAGCGCUUCUCUCUGCUUCUGAUCGGACUUCUGCACUUGACCUUCUGAACGAGAGACUGAAGAACGAAACCACUCGACUUGCCGCUGUGCACGCAAUUGACACUGUUGCUGCUUUGACUAGCAGCAAGGAUCAAUUACAGCCAAAAUGGAUUAGAGAGGUUUCACUGGAGCUCUCCGCUCAGCUUCGAAAGGCUAAUCGGUCUCUACGAGGUGCCAGUCUUGCGGCUCUGAAGAACUUGGUAGUUGCACCAGCCAGUCGGAGUGCACUGGAUGCACCCACAAUUCAAGGUCUCGUCAGCGCUCUAUUACCGCUUCUUACAACCUCGGAUCUUCAUCUUCUUGGUCCAGCGCUCCUUGUUCUAUCGGCGUUAGUCGCCGAUAGCCCAGAUCUUGUUGUCACGGAUCAACUUAAUGCUGGUCUUUGCGAGCUACUAACUGCGCCAUUAGGUGGAGCUGUUCUUGAGGCUGUCCUCACCUUAGUCACGAACAUCGGUCAAAAGGGCGCUGGCGAGAAGCUCAUGGCUGGACUCCUGCAGAAUGUAAGCAUCAACGGAGACCCAGCUGUUGUUGGAAAGGUCAUCGGUACUCUUCUGGUCUAUGGUGGCCCUUCUGUUGGUGUCAAAAUCGACAACUUCUUGCAAGAAGUCGUGAAUCCAGAGUCUGAUGACGCUCGGAGAUGCCUUGCACUUGCCGUCCUCGGUGAAGCUGGGUUGCGAAUGGGUGCAAAGUCUCCACUUCAGCCAUCGACUUUCACAGGACAGUUCAAAUCCACAUCUGAUAAGGUUCCACUUGCAGCUGCGGUUGCUCUAGGACGUGCAGGUGCAGGGAACACUGCGAUCUACUUGCCGGAGAUAUUGGCGAUAAUGGAUAAGGGUGGAAAUGCUCAGUAUCUACUUCUGCACUCUAUCAAGGAGAUUCUCCAGCAAGCCAGCCAAAACUCGCUCGAUAUCAGCAGCUACACAAAGGCAAUCUGGGGUCGCCUAUUGAAGGCAUCUCAAUCCGAGGACAACAAGGCUGUUGGAGCAGAGUGCAUUGGAAGAGUAGCUAUCAUCGAUCCAAAAACAUAUAUGCCGGAACUGAAGGCAUACCUAGGCAAUUCCUCCCAAGCAGUCCGAGCAAUGGCUAUUCAAGCUAUUCGAUACACACUGGCCGAGAACGAUGAGAUAUUCGAUAACGUCCUGCACUCAGUCCUGAUCGAGAUGCUUAUUGUCAUGCUUCGUGAUACAGAACUUGAGAACCGCCGACUUGCUCUUACGACACUCAACUCUGCAGCUCACAACAAGCCUGACUUAAUAAUUCCAAACCUCGGUGUUCUUAUGCCGCUUGUUAUGCACGAGUCAAACAUCAACACUGCUUUGAUCCGAGAAGUUAACAUGGGUCCCUUCAAGCACAAGAUUGAUGACGGCCUCGAGGUCCGAAAGAGUGCUUACGAGACCCUCUAUUCUCUCAUGGAAACCGCAUUCUCCCGUCUCAACAUCGUAGACUUCUACGACCGCAUCAUCGCUGGCCUCCAAGACGAGCACGAUAUCCGCUCCCUCUGCAACCUUAUGCUCACCAAACUCAUCGUCCUCGACCCUGAUGAGACAGCCCGUCGCCUCGACGCCAUCGCCACCUGCUACCGUCAAAUCAUCUCCAUUAAGCUUAAAGAUAAUGCAGUCAAGCAGGAGCUCGAGAAGCAGGAAGAGGCCGUCAAGAGCUGCUUACGUGUCUCGCUCUUGCUUCAUGCUUCUGUCCCUGGUGCAAGCAGUGUUGGCGGCCCACAAUCUGGUCAUCAUCAAAUUUGGCACACUUAUUGGGAGUGGAUCGAGAAGGAUUAUGAGAACUCGCUGAAGGCUUUACGACAAGAGGGUAAGGAGUCCUCGUAUUGA